AUGGGCUUCCUACAGGUGCUGGUUGUGGAGAACUUCAAGUCGUGGCGGGGCCGCCAGGUCAUUGGCCCCUUCAAGAGGUUCACCUGCAUCAUCGGCCCCAACGGCUCUGGAAAAUCUAAUGUAAUGGAUGCCCUUCGUUUUGUAAUGGGAGAGAAUACAGCUAAUUUGAGAGUGAAAAAUAUUCAAGAACUUAUUCAUGGAGCACAUAUUGGAAAACCUAUUUCUUCUUCUGCAAGUGUAAAAAUUGUGUAUGUGGAGGAAAGUGGGGAAGAGAAAACAUUUACAAGGAUUAUCCAAGGCGGAUGCUCAGAAUUUCAUUGUGAUGAUAAUCCUGUGAGUCGUUCUGCUUACACAGCAGAGUUGGAGAAGAUAGGCAUAACAGUCAAAGCGCGACACUGCCUAGUUUUUCAGGAAAAUGUAGAGUCGAUUUCAAUGAAAAAACCCAAAGAAAGGACCCAGUUUUUUGAGGAAAUCAGCAGCUCGGGAGAACUAAAAGGAGAAUAUAAGGAAAAGAAGAGAAAGUUACAAAAAGCUGAAGAGGAUGCACAUUUUAAUUUUAAUAAGAAAAAAACUGUAGCUGCAGAGUACAAACAAGCACAAUUAGAGAAAGUAGAGGCAGAGCGUUACCAGAGUCUCCUUGAAGAACUGAAAGUCAACAAGAUACAACUACACCUUUUCCAACUAUAUCACAAUGAGAAGAAAAUUCGUUUUCUGAAAUCUGAGUUAGAGCGUGUGAAUAGGGAUUUGAGUGUCACAAAAGAGUCUCUUUCUCAUCAUGCAAACAGAGUUAAAGCCAAGAAAAAGGAACGUAGAAUGCUAACCAGACAACUACAUCAGACAGAAAAAGAAGCAAAAUCUCUUGAAGCACUUUUAAAUCAGAAGCAGCUUCAAUACAUUAAAGCCAAAGAAAGCACUUCUCAUCACCUGGAAAAAUUAGAUGUGGCUAAGAAAUCAGUAAAGGACAGUAAAGAACAAUGUUCUAAACAGGAAGAUGACAUAAGAGCCCUGGAGACCGAACUGGUUGAUUUAGAUGGUGCAUGGAGAAGUUUUGAAAAGCCGAUUGAGGAAGAAAUCGUAAGUAAAUUACGAGACAUAAAACUAGAAAACAGUAAGCUGGAUCGUUAUGACGAACUUAAGGAAGAAGUAAAAAGGAAAGCAGCUAUAACGAUCCAACAACUGGAAAAACUGCAAUGGGAACAGAAGGCGGGGGAAGACAGCCUGGCAUUUGAAAAGAGGAGGCAUGGUGAAGUUCAGGGAAAUCUAAAACAAAUAAAAGAACAAAUAGAAGAUCAUAAAAAACGAAUAGAGAAGUUGGAGAAGGAUACAAAGACAUGCAUGGAUUGCUUGAAAGAGAAGAAAGAGCAAGAGGAAACCCUAGUGGAUAAAAUUGGAAAAACAAAAUCAAGGAUGUCUGAGGUUAAUGAAGAAUUGGAUCGCAUUGGAAGUGAAUUGCAGAAUGCUGGAAUUGAUAACCAAGAGGGAAGACGUCAGCAAAAGAGAGCAGAGAUUCUGGAUCGCCUUAAAAGACUUUACCCAGAUUCUGUGUUUGGAAGACUGCUUGACCUGUGUCAUCCUAUUCAUAAGAAAUACCAGGUGGCUGUUACUAAGCUUCUUGACCAGUACAUGUUUGCCAUUGUUGUAGCCUCUGAAAAAGUAGCAAAAGAUUGUAUUCGAUUUCUGAAGGAGGAAAGAGCUGAACCUGAGACAUUCCUUGCUCUAGAUUACCUGGAGAUCAAGCCAAUCAAUGAAAAAUUAAGGGAGAUUAAAUGCUGUAAAAUGGCGAUUGAUGUCAUAAAGACCCAGUUCCCACAGCUCAAGAAAGUGAUUGAAUUUGUGUGUGGAAAUGGCCUUGUCUGUGAGACUGUGGAAGAAGCCAGGAGUAUUGCAUUCGAUGGACCUGAAAGACGGAAAACAGUGGCUCUUGAUGGAACAUUAUUUUUAAAAUCUGGGGUGAUCUCUGGAUUGUCAAGUGAUUUAAAAGACAAGGCUAGAUGCUGGGAUGAGAAAGAGUUAACGAAUCUAAGAGUCAGAAGAAGCCAGCUAAUCCAAGAGCUGAAGGAUUUAAUGAAGACACUCCGCAAGGAAACAUAUUUGAAACAAAUACAGACUCUAGUCCAAGGAACUCAUGCACGACUCAAAUAUUCGCAGAGUGAACUAGAGAUGAUAAAAAAGCACCUUGCUACUUUUUACCAGGAACAAUCUCAGCUACAAAGUGAACUACUAAAUAUUGAGUCUCAAUGUACUAAGUUGAGCAAAGGAAUCAAAGAAAGACAACAAAGAAUUAAAGAAUUUCAAGAAAAGAUCGAUAAGGUAGAAGAUGAUAUUUUUCAACACUUCUGUGAAGAAAUUGGUGUGGAAAAUAUUCGUGAAUUUAAGAACAAACAUGUUAAACAGCACCAAGAAAUGGAUCAAAAAAGAUUAGAAUUGGAAAAACGAAAAGCUCGGCUUAAUAGUCACCUGGAAUAUAGUCGCAGUCAGCUUAAGAAGAAACUGCAUAAGGUCAACGUGUUAAAAAAAAACAUCCGGAAAUGUAGAGAAGACAUCGGUAACCUAAACAAGGCUGAAGAAAACUGUCGGCAAAUCCUGGAGGAACUCAUGGCAAAGCGGCAGCAGCUUAAAGACGUAUUAAUCACUCAGAAUUCCAACAUUGACAAAGCUCAAACUCAAAUUGAAGAGGAACGGAAGAAGGUUUUGGCUGUUGAAAGGCAAGUGGGAAAGUUGCAAAAAGAAGUUGUUCUCAUUCAAACUUCUGUGGAAAAGAAACGAUUAGAGAAACAUGACAUGCUCCUUGAUUGCAAAGUUCAAAAUAUUGAAAUAAUUCUUUUGUCGGGAUCAUUGGAUGACAUCACUGAACUGGAGUUGGGAAGUGAAGCAGAAAGUGCCCAGACAACUACUGGUAUCUGUGAAAAAGAAGAAGCCAUUGAAAUAGACUACAGCUCUCUAAGUGAGGAUUUGAAGGCUCUACAAUCCGAUCAAGAAGUCAAGGCCCACCUUAGAUUCCUACUGCAGCAAAUAGCAUCCCAGGAAGAUGUUCUGUGCAAGACAGCAGCUCCAUACCAACGAGCCCAGGAGAACUUGAAGACUCUCAGACACAAGUUUCAGGAAUGCACAGAUGUUUUUGAGGCCAGCACAAAGGAAGCCAGAAUGCGUAGGCAAGAGUUUGAACAGGUGAAAAAAAGGAGAUACAAUCUUUUCAGCCAGUGUUUUGAGCACGUGUCAACCUCAAUUGAUCAAAUCUACAAGAAGCUCUGCGGAAACAACAGUGCCCAAGCAUUUCUUAUUGCGGAGAACUCUGAAGAACCUUACUUGGAGGGAAUUACCUAUAGCUGCGUGGCCCCAGGGAAACGGUUUAUGCUGAUGGAUGAUUUGUCACGGGGAGAAAAGUGUGUGGCAGCUUUGGCUCUCCUGUUUGCUGUGCACAGUUUUCAGCCUGCUCCAUUGUUUGUUUUAAAUGAAGUGGAUGCAGCCCUGGACAGUACUAACAUAGGCAAAGUAUCAAGUUACAUCAAAGAGCAGAGUCAAAAACAGUUUCAGAUGAUAAUCAUCUCCAUAAAAGAAGAGUUCUUUUCCAAAGCUGACGCAGUAAUAGGCAUCUGUCCAGAGUAUGAGGACUGCAUGUUCAGCCGAGUUUUCUCCCUAGAUCUUUCUCAGUAUCCAGACACUGAAGACCAAGAAACCAGCAAGAGACAUGGAGACGCCCAUGAGAAACUAGAGUGCCCUUGA